UAUUAGAUUCUUGAAAAUUAGACGCUCUCACGCUUUCGCUCUCGCUCCCACUUCUGCUCCCGCUCCAUGAAUUGGUUACCUAAGUUUGAACCAAGACUCAAAUAAAAAUCUGGGUCGAGUAGGUCUGGAUCUGGUUACAUGGAGGGACAAGUUGUGAAAUAAAAGGGUAAUGGGCUUAGCCCGAGUGAGAGAGAGGAAGAGCGGGCUGUUGGCCCAGGAAGAAGGGGAAGAGAGUGGCAGGCCGACGACUGGUCGCCUGGCAAACAAAGAACUCGGUGGUGGGCCAACGCCCGAGAUGGGAACAGAUGGUUACCCAUCUCUCUGUCAAUCGACGAAGAGGAACAGACAGUCCGGGGGGAAAACGACCGGAAAUGUUAUGUUAACCGACGACCAGUUGAUCAACGCAUGGGGAUUAAAUGAUGUUUAUUGGAAGUUAUUAGGAUCCAUUACUCUUCAACGACUGAUGGAAGGAAGUCAGUGAAAUAAAGCCAUAAAUGUUGGGAACGAUUAGAAAACAGAGGGUGGGGCGAAACUUGGGACGAGUCGGGCAAGGGACAAAAGAGAAAGGGUGAUAGAAACUUGUUUAUUAGGGUUCUAUUAUAUCUGAUUGUGACGUUGGGAAAUUCGAGAUUUAUAGAGAAUUGAGAGUAGAAUUAGGAAUUUGAGAAAGAAUAAGAGAAUUGGCCGAAGCUUUCAGAGAUGAUUGAGAUCUAGAAUUGAGAGGAUAAGGAGAAUAGGGUUUUAGGAUAUUGCUCUAAAUAUUCUUCUUAUUGAUUCUUAAAGGGUUAAUUGCAUGGUUGAUCACUGAGAUUGCAAAAAACAUACAAGUUUGGUCACUCGAAAUAUUUAAAUCCAUUGGUGGUAUUUCAGUUUACUGAAACCGUUCACGUUUGGUCACUCUCCGUCCAACUCCGUUAACUUUGGCUGAUGUGGCAGUCAACUCUCAAAGUUGACCGUUAACUUAGUGACGUGAAAAUUAAAAAAUGAUAAAUAAAAUAAAUUUAAUCUAUUUUAAUGUCCAACUCAUUUUUACCAUAAAAUAAAAAAUAAAAUAUUUAAUAUUUAUAUUUUGGGCGAAACCUGCUUUCAUCCCACAUCUGGUCGGAAUGGGACUCUAUCACCAUUUCCAUCCCGAGUUCUAUAGGUUUGAUGAAAAACGGAAACUUACGAGGGUUGCCAUGAAUGGAGCUGAUGAGCUACAGAGAAACACUCUGGCCGAAGAGCUCGUCGAAGCGAUCGACAAUGGAAGCGUUGAACUCCAAAACGUUCUUCUUCAUCAGCACCACCGUGCCUUUGAUUUCCCUCUUCUGGCCGCCAUUGUCAUCGUGGUUGUGGCCUCUCAAGGCAGCAAUGAUGCUCUGCAUGCUUUUGGCAAUACCGCAGCAGCAACAACAACAGCAAUACUCCUCCUCCUGUUGCUCCGACGUCGUUUCGGCAUGGAGAUCAAGAUUUCGCAGCCGCCACCUUGAUGCCCUCCAUCAAACAUAUAGAGCUCGGGAUAGAAAUGGUGAUAGUCCGAUUCAAGUCACAUCAACAAAGUGGAUAAGAUUCAAUGAACCAUUUGGUAAGUAGUCAGUACGAUGUCUAGGAAGAAAAAAAGAGUCACUGAUGGUGAGGUUCAUACCUAUAAUUUAACCUACAUUCUCUCAUGUGUAUGCUACUCCUCCUUGCUUCACUUCUUUGCAGGGUGUUUUAGAGAAGACCUGAGAAUCUGAUUACAAUUAUUUUAUUGUUUCAGUCUCGUGAAGCUCGAAGGUGAGGAUCACUCUUAUGUUUUACAAUUAUUUCAUGGUUUCAGUCUCGUGAAGCUUGAAGGUGAGGAUCACUGUUAUGUUUCUCAUCUAUCGGAAGUAACAUUAGGAUUUUUUGGAUGAGUUAAUUAUUGAGAUGUGCUAUUUGGUCUCAAGUAAUGAGAUAACUCAUUAUGUGGGAAUGUGAUAUUUGCGUGUUAUUUAUGUAGCAAUAAGUUUAAAAUAAUUUA